CUGAACAAAGGAAAUAGUGGAACAAGAUGAACCCUUUGAAGCAGGCCUGUACAAUUGGUGAGACGAGGUCAUUUGAAGGAGAGAGGAGCUUGAUUGAAGAGAGAAGUUCGAGCGAUGCUCUUAGGUUGACUUCUAACCUUGACAGUGCCAGAAAUGACGAGGGUACUCCAAGGGUAAAAGAGAAUAUCCCACAAGAUUUGGAUGGUCCAAAAGAUGGCGAAAAAAUGCCAAUCUGCCCUGCCAGUAUAAACACUGAGCAAAUGACAGUGAGGGAACAUGAAAAGAUCCAAAAUGGUGGACAGGAUAUAACUGAAUCCCAAAACACUGCUUUUGACUCAGCUGCCGAGCUGGAAAGUCAAGAAAAGGAUGACCAGAUGCAAGCACAGGAAGACGAAAUGUCAGAUGAUACAUUUGGUGGUUUUUCAAGUGAAAUGAGUUUGAACUUUGAUCAUUCACAUCAAACAACAAAUGCAGAAGAGAUGCUGACAAGGGAAGAUGAUAAAACAGAACCAAGUAGUGUAGAUAAAGAAGAAAGGUCCCCUGAGGAUGCAAAUGACUCAAGCGAUGAGGCAGAGGAUGUGCAGGCAGGUCAGUCAGAUGGUACGGAUCAAGUUCAGUCUGAGUCGGGCACAGAGGAGAGUCCUAAAAAUCGAUUACGGCGCCACAGAAAAUCUUUGGAGAAUAAACAACCAACGCGAUCAAGUUUAAGGACCUGUAAGAAAGUGCUUGAAAGGCCACCUACCAAAGUGGAUGAUGAGAAGAAAGAGACGUGCAAAAAGCACUUCUGUUUAUAUUGCAAAAUGGCUUUUACCCAACUUGCAAAGCAUUUGGAAAGGAAACAUUCGGAGGAAACAGAUGUCGCCCAUGCAAUACACUUUCCCAAAGGUUCCAAAGUCAGACAGAGUUUGCUUGACCAAAUUCGCAAUAAAGGAGAUUAUGAACAUAAUUGCCAAGUUCUCAAAAGUGGCGAGGGGGAAAUUGUGACCAAGAAACAAGUAAAAAAUCCCAGCAUAUCUGUUCGUGACUUCCUGCCUUGCCAGCAUUGCUUUGCAUUUUAUCGCAAAACUGAUUUAUGGAGGCAUGAACGGUCAUGUAAGGCCAGAAAAGGAGAUCAGAAAUCUUCUGAAAAAACUAAAGGAAGCAGAGUCCACAGUGCUGCCUCCAGACUGCUUCCAAUGUCGGAGUUCUUAACUGGGGGCUGUGAGGAGAUUAUACACAUUAUGCAUCAAGAUGACAUCUCGAGGCAUAUCAGAAAUGACCCACUUAUUUGUAAAUAUGGCAAUGCUCUGUCUGCCAAGUAUGAACACGACAAGUCUCAGUUUGCCUACAUUGCACAAAAGAUGAGGGAACUGGGUAGAUUUGUGCUCGCUGUAAAUGAGCUUGAUAAGAGCGUAAGGUACUUGCAUGAAAUAUGUCUGCCAUCCAAAUUUGAAUUAGCCGUUGAAGGGGCCAAAAAAGCUAGCGGUUUUGAUCCCAGUUCCAGUAAGUUUAAAACGGCCUCCCUUGUCUCAAAGAUCGGCUACUCUUUGAAACGAGCUGCAGAAAUAGCAUUCGGGGAAAGCCGCAUGACGGAGGACAGUGAAACUGAAAGCGAAGUGAAGAAGUUCAUACAACUUCUGGACACAAAAUGGAGUGCAUGUUUUUCUCGCAAAGCUCUUGCAUUAUCUAUCAAGCAAGAGGUCAAGAAAGUCGAAGUAGACAAAUCAACUGUGACAGAAGAUUUAAUAAAACUGCACAGGUUCAUCACAGGGGAAGAAGAGGAAUCCAGGAGGGAGCUGAAAGAAAGUCCCAAUCUGUCAACGUGGAAAAAGCUCAGCGAGGCCACUCUGGCAGAUGUGUGUCUGUUCAACAGAGGAAGGGUGGGAAAUAUUGGUAGGAUGCUCUUGCAAACUUAUACGUGCAAAAAGAGAACGGGAACAUUUGUGCCCUCUGCAGAUCAAAUAAAGAAAAGCACAAAACUGGAGCUGGACCUUGGUGCCAAUCUCACCAGGUUGGAACUAGAGGGUCAAUAUGGGAGGAACAUGCUGGUCCUGCUUACAGAAAGGAUGGCUUUGUCAAUUGACUUACUCAUUGAAAAUCGAGAACAAGCGGGUGUGUCGAAAACUAACCCAUACCUGUUUGCACGGACUGAAGGUCCGUCUUUCAUCAGAGGAUUGGAUUGUUUCCGUCGGUCUGCAAUGGAAUGUGGAGUUAAAAACCCAGAAGCUCUUCUGUCCUCAUCGUUAAGAGAGCAGAUUGCCAGCUGCUGGCAGCUAAUGAGCCUGAACGAACAAGAAAUCGAAAAAGUGGCCACACUGUUGGGAAAGAGUAGUGAGGAGUGUUACAGGCUCUUAAAAAAUGCUUCAGAGCUGGAGGAAGUUAGCAAGCAUAUUCUCAAGAUGGAACGAACGUUGCCAUCAAGUCCACCCAGCACUGCAAAAGAUGGAACUGUGCAGAAGCCUGCCUUAAAACGAAGACCUUGGAGCGAGAGGGAGCAGGCUGCAGUGAAGCGCUGCUUGAGUGAAUUUAUCACUGAGAUGAAGGUUCCAGGCAAAAAGGAGUGCAAUGCUUGCAUAGCUGCUGAACCAGAUCUUUGUGGAAGAUCUUGGACAGAUGUAAAAAAUUACGUCCACAACACAUUACAGACUAUAAGGAGGAGAAAUAACCAGCAUAAAUCUGAAGGGAAUGCAAAUGAGAGUCCAAAGAGUCCCAAAGCUCGAAACACAAAGAAAGAUUUGGAGGACUCAACCACUGUCUGUAAUAUGACAACAGUGCAUCUGGAUCACCUGACAGAAAGUUCAAAUUGUUGCAUGACAAUGGCUCCAACCAACUUCCCCCAAGAGAUGACUUCAACGUAUGCGUCUUUGUGUUCUACGAGUGCAAACAUGAUCCACACAAGUCAGCCCUUGAUGUCCACUUUUACACCAUUGAAUGCUACUGAUACACAAGUAGUUCCUACAUUUACUCCACACAACACAACAAAUGCACUAAUGCCUCCUGCGUACACUUCGGAGAACAACAUACUUAUGCCAUUGUCUCCAUCUUAUACACAGAACGCUACAAGUAUGCCUCCAUCCUCUGUGUAUACACCCCAGGACACUACAGGUUCAUCAAUGAUCCCUAACUUUAGCACUUAUACUGCUCCAAGCACCUCAAUGGUUCCUACAUUCACACCAUUAAACACAAGUACACCAAUGGUCCCCACGUUCUCACCACUUAACGACAGAAGCAGACCUAUCAUUUCUUCAUUCACACCUCUGAACCAUUCAAAUACACCAGCUUACCCUGCAGGCCCACCUCAGAGGCCCCUGACAACUGCACAGGUUGUCCCAACAAUCCAUAGACCCAGUGUUCCUGACAGAACGCCAGUGGCGCAGGAAAGUACAGGAAAACGAGUCACUCCAGCCACCAAGACUCAAAAGCGAAUCAAGAGGUUGUGGAGUGAGGAGGAGCAGGCUGCAGUGAGGCGUCAGCUCGGAGACUUCUGUAAACUGGUCAAAGUGCCAGGCAAAAAGGAUUGUGAUGCAUGUUUGGCUGCUGAGCCUGCCUUGAAUAGCAGAACGUGGAGGGAAGUCAAAUAUUUUGUACACAACUCAAUUCAGUCGAUGAAAAGAAGAGGGCAUAUUGUCGCCUCCAAACAAAGCGGAGGACAGGAACCAGAGACUCAAAAUAAUCAAAGCACGGAAUGGGAUGGUCCCGUUUAUUUGUCCCUGUAAAUAUUUGUAAUGGACUUCAAAAAAAAUAAAACAAUAAGUGAUCGGUCAGUGUUUAGAGGUGUGCCGGGGCUAUGCCUUCAACCUCAAACUGUAUGGGGCUUAAGAAUUCAGCAGAUGUGAAAUGUACUGUCAGUGAACCCUGGUCUAAACACCGAAUCGGAUCUCGACAGCGAUACAGACUACCCUGCCAUUCUUUUAGUCACACUUUUUAAAGAGUUCCUGAAGUAUUAAGAAUCAAGUCCAGUGGACCAAGCUGUAGGUGUUCUGUUGCAUGAAUAAACACUAAAUGAGUGGAACUGAGGAUGUUUGUACUGUAGCUUUGGCUCACAAAAUGGCUGAUAUUGAUGUUUUAAUAUGGUUAGAUUGCAUAUAAACGUAUGUAACACUGUCAGUUUGUCAGUUCAUCACAGGUUAUCUCUUGAAAGUGCUCUAAUUUAGAUGUGUGAUCAUUUAGUAAACGUGAACCUCAUUUUGUCAGGGUUUGCAACCUGCCACUGGUCAUUGGCUAUGGCAAGUAGCCACUGAAUACGCUUACAUGCACAAAAUAGUCUGUUUUUGGCCCUUACUCUGAAAAAGGCAGCAUUCCCUCCAAGCGUUUAACGUGGCCAGUGAAAAAGAAUAUUCCACUAAUACCUCCAUUUACAUGCAACCAUGUGUACUUCAAUUAACACAAAAAAUUAGUUUUGGUUUUUUUUUUAAAAAGUUUAUUACUGGUGGCAGACUUGUUGGACCAUGCAGACACAGCCUCCCUCUUUCAUUACUUCAACCACCCCGCUGAAAAGGUCGGUGCUACAACAUUUGUGCAUAACGCAAAUCCUGUUGAUAUACAAGUCUUUCAUCAUGUUUUAAAGCAGGUGUGUUUGUCCUUCUGACCAGAAAUGUGGGCUUUUUGUCAUGAAUCUCUACCGCAGUCAUUCAAACUGUUGGUGAGUUGGUUUGCGUACAACUUAUCCAUAACAAAGCACAGAGCUGACCGUAAACAAACCGUAUGUCACAAACUACAGUAAGAAGAAAAACAAAUCGAGACAUAUACUCCAAAUACCCUGUAUAUGUGUCCCAAAAAUGCUUUUCAAGCCUAAAUAAUACUAUUGUAUCACUCAUCAUAUCAUUUAAUUGAAAAAUAUUAAAUGCGGAAAAGGACCUAAUUUCAGGGUUCCAGCAGUCAUUAAAAACCUGCAAAAGUCACAGAAUUUCACAAUCACAUUUUUUAGGGCUGGAAAAGUCAUGGAAUUAGUAAAGAAUCUUGACAGUUUUGAAAAAUCAUAUAAUUUUGUUGUGUGUAAUGAAAAAUGUGAGUAAUCUUCUGCUCAUUACCGUCCAUGUAAUGUAACAUAAAUUUAUUUUUUGUAGCUGUCAGUAUAGCACUUAUAUGCAUUUAAAUGUUUUGUUUACCUGCACGUACAUUUCUUCAUCUUCUACCUGCGUUCUGUCUUUUCCUUCAUGUCUGCCUGAAAAGUAGGCCUAAGGAAAGAAAAAAAAAUGUAUGGGUUCUUGAAAGGUCUUGAAAGACGUUUCAAAUUUUAUCCAUGAAAAUAUGUGGGAACUCUGCAAUAUCCAAAUCAGAAUAUGUUGUUUACGUGACUGUACUAAAUUCAGUUUAUUGUCUUGUUCGGAAUAUUAGUGGAAUAUUUGCGUGCAUGUAAACGUAGCCAAUGUGGCACCCAAAUACGCUUUCACAAUUUCAAACACAGUAUUCUGUCGAAAGCAGUUGCUUAGAUGUUUGGGACUUCCCAGCCACCUUUACCAGGGCAUUGAUGGCCUCAGUGACUGUACAUUUCCAGAGGAAUUUUUACUCUUCUUUACUUCCAAACGUACUUAGACAUCUAUCUUUACUGCCUGUACUGUUUUCAGUAGCAUUUUUAUCAAUUUUGAUGAUCAAAAAACUGAAAACCUACCAGCAAAUCUUUGCAUCCCGUCCCUCCAACAUGAUAGAUGUGUGUAGACUUGCUUUAUAUGAUUCCCAAAUGCCUGGCCCAGUUGUACUGUAUUCUUGCUCUAGCCAGUAGCCUAUAUUGUAGAUGGCCCCUGAUAGCCUGCAGCAGUAACGGCAAACCUUCCUUGCUGAUGUUAGAGUUUUAGGAGCUCCAUGUGUAUACCUCUCAUUCAAAUAUGAAGACUUAUUUUCUCUUUGUUGAUAAAUGGUCAUUAUCUUCAUUUAUAUGUUUUUAUUUUUAUCAUGUGUGUUAAGCUGCAGAAAGGUUUGGUUGUAUUUUUGUAUCACUAUACUGUAACAGUGUAGAGCAUUUUAGUACUUAGUUGUAUUUGUUGUAUUAUACCCUAAUUUGAGGUAAAUACACUACAUUGAUCUCAUUUUUAUUCCUUUUAAGCUUUUAUUAUCUGGAUGUUUGUGACAUUGAUAUCCAGUUGCCAGGAUCAGAUUGCCUUAUUAUGUUGAUUAUUUGCUUGAUUACACGUCUUUUUUUAUUCAUGUUGAUUACAUCUAACACAA